AUGAACCUCAGUGCGUGGCGCGAGACAGUGUCCUUCGGCGCGCACUUGCAGCCGGUCCACCUGCACGUGGUCGUAUCUGAUGCAGAACAUGCGUCUCCGUGCACAGGGCAAAAGCUCUCGUCUCUGCCGUCGCAGAACUCGCCCCAGACCAGUCCCAAGUCAGCACUGGACCUUUGUAACGGCACGUCGAGCCCACGGGACCCUCUGGAGACGCCAAUCGAAUCGGAUGGCACUCAAGAUAUCGUUCCAGAGACGGUCAAAGCGAAGAACGUUAUUGUGAUACCCCCUUUUACUAGUGAAAUCAUAAGUAACGACGAGCAGAUGGUGCUGAAUGUUGGAGGACCCGUGUGGGCCAUGGACUGGGUACCGUCGCUUCCAGCAGCCAACUCUGAAGAUGUAGCUGCUGUCCUCGCUAAGUUUAAGCCGAGAAAGGCUGGAAGGGUCUCGACGGCCAGUCGAAUAGGAUCGAAGAAGGCUCUGAACGGCGAUAAGACGGACGGAUCGGAGACGGCAGAAGAUGUCGAUGGAGUGAGGACAGCAGCUUUUAGUGACCCUACAAAAAACGAAGGCGACGACAAGAUGAAGUGGCGAUUUCUCGCCUUAUCAACACAUCCUCCGUGUCUCGUGAAAGAAGGAAAAGUGGUGAAACCUACGCCUCCGGACCAUUAUUACGACGUACCGGAAGGUGGGCAAAACUUGAUCCAGAUCUGGGCCGUGCCAGUGCAACAGACCAUAGUUGCAGAAGCAGGGAAGUUGUGGAGAAAGAGGACAGCGAAAAAGACGAUGGUGAAACCACGGAUAGUGUAUGCGAUUGAUCACGACAGCGGUGUUGCUUGGGAUUUGCAGUGGUGCCCACUGGUAAAGAAGUUCCCAAAGUGUGACCGAAGGGAAGGUAUCCUAGGCAUUUUGGCAGUGUGUUUCGGUGACGGAAGUGUGAAAGUGUUUGAGAUCCCUGCAGUUUUGGAAGAGCGAUUACAGCCUGAAUUAGACACAGCAGCAGAUUGCGUCGUGGAAAAGACCAGCCCUAUUGUAGUAGCGACAGUACCACAUAUAAUGCAGCUGAGCGUGCGGUGGUCUCCACAUCAUUGGAACAUGCUUUUGACGGGCGGCUCCGACGGUUCUGUGUCGCUGUGGAAUAUUACAAGUGCGGUCAAGAAAAGUGACACGGCAGAAAGCAGAUCUACUGACCAACAGCCUGUGGAACCACAACGGCGUUUCCAGGACGCCGACACGAUUGGGAAGCAAGAAGCUCUUGACUGGGGCUGUGGAUGGGUUGCAGUCCGCGCUGUUGCGUGGUCACCGUUCGACCAGCACAUCUUUGCUACCACUGGAAACGACUCGGUGUUCAAGGUAUGGGAUAUCCGUGAGCCCCGCGUGUGCCUUCGAUCACAUCGAAUACGCUCCACUUGGGGACUUGCGCUCCAAUGGUUGGAUCAAACUUCAAUUCAUAUCUCCGGCGACCAAGGCUCCGUGUAUAUGUACGACAUUCUGAGUGGCAGUUAUCAAAAACUACACUUCCACCCGCAGAUUGACUCACCUGUGUGGGACUUACAGCUUGCUCGGCGUGGUCCUGUACCACUGCUUGUCUCGUCUUGCACAUCCGGUAGCAUUCGAGCGGCUCCAGCCAAGAGACUGUAUCGCGCACCCCAGAACUGCGUAGAACUGUGCCGCCUCUCCGGCGAAAAAGAUUCGAGCGCUGAGAAGCCGUUCAAGUCGUUGACAGUGUCCUUCGCGAGACAAUCUGUCUUGGCAACUGCGGAUUCCGCGGGUCAAGGUACGCGAGAAUUUCGUGAGCGAGACGCUGCGCUACACCGCCUGCGCUUAACCUCGAGCACUGCAGGCGAUUAUCCAUGCUUUCUGGCUGCCGGAGGCCACGCUGGGCUUGUGAUCCUGCUUGAGCUGCACGAGGUACUCGACACAUUGAUCGCUACUUUCUUUUCGCCACCUAAGAAGGUCAGUCGGUCGAAGAACAUGGUUGCAUCAAGGGGUAGUAAUCACUCGAUGAAGGCGCAGAGCAUGCCGGCUGGAGGUGAAUCGAAAGAUGCAACAGAUGUUGGGCGAAAAACAAUGACGCUUGGGAGCUUCGCCAAAGCUACAGGUGUGCAUGCAGCCUUGGAUAAAAGCGCGACGAAGCCGCUGACGUGCAAUGGCAAAGGUAAAGCUAAGGCGAGGUCACGCUUUAACUUGUCGGAUACGGAAUCGUUCAUCGAGGAAAACGACGAGUUGGAGACAAAUGCGGUUGAUCAAGAGGAGGAGGAGGAGGAGGAGUUCAAGGAAGAAGAUGAGGGCGAUGAUGACUCUGAGUUAUCUCUCGUAACGGAAGACAGUUCAGACGAUGAUCAUGCUAGUGGUUCGGAUGAUGAUGAUGCGGUCGAAGACGCAGAGACGAGUGCAACAAACGAGGACCAAGAAGAAGCUCGGUUGAUGAAAGAGUACCAGAUGGACUUGUCGGAGGACGAUGCCUACUUGCUUGCACUUCAAAUGUCAAGGACCGAUGCGACACCGGCUGCAGCUGUACUAGCGACGGAUGAUGGUACACCACCUGCUCCGACGUUGCUGGCCGGUCAAGAUGUCCCGACAAAUCCGUUACAUCAGGAAAAGCUACAGAAAACAUUGCCAAGCGCAAAAGCUGCCGAAACAGCGAAAGCAAAGGCGAAAACGACGAAGACAGCGACAAAGAUUACAGCUGCGACAGAAGCAAAACCUGCACUAAAGCCGAGCAAAGGGAAAAAGCGGGCAAGACCUGCAAGCUUUACACUCGAAACGAUGGCAGAACCAAGUCCCGUCAACGACAUGAGUGACGCAAACAUCGCCGUAAACAAGAAAAGUGAAGUACGACUUGACGGUAAAGACGACCGAGUUGCUGAAUCUUCUUCUUUUUCUGCUGUAGCCUCGACGGGCGAGAACAAGGCAGGGGUAGCUACGAGUACCAAAUCGUCUGCGGUACUGACGAAAGCGAGAACGAAACAGAAGCAGCCAGCCAAAGCGUUUGCAAGGAAGAAGACCGCAAAAACGAAGGGCACGAACCCGAGGCGCUUUCGAGCAGCUGACCAAGCCAUGGUGUUACAAGCGUUCGAGUAUCAGAUGGGAAUGUGUGAGGAGGAUGCGCUGAAGGAAGCGUUUCGACUGUCUGUAGAGGACAAGCAUCGCUCCUUGCGUGCUGAACAGCCACCGCCGCCACCAAAACCAGCUAGCGGAGCAUUACCGACGCCGACACAAUCUAAACUGACCCCAGCUACUCCCCGGGCGAAGAAGUCUUCCCAAAAGCAGCAGAAGAAAGUGAAGGAAGUCAAGGGUAAAGUCGAGUCGGCUGGCAAAGUUGCGGCUCCUGCAGACGAAGACGCGCAGCAUCAGCGGCCGCAAACUCCUCGUCGACUGCAGUUUUUACCUCACGACGACAGCGAAAGCGAAAACCAAGCGGCGGUCGUAACAGUAGGCGUUGGUCAAGUCGCCUCUGUAGCCGAGCCAGCUGCAUUCCAGAUUGAUGCAGCAUCUACUGCAGUAGUGCCGCCGAAGAAGUCAUUUACGAAGGGCUCACCAGUGGUAAAAUCAGCAAAUGCGAAAUCUGUCCAGCAAGAGCCGUCUGCGAAGUACUAUCGAAGGGGAACGACGACACCGAAAGAAGUGGCCGAUGCGGAACAAGCAGAGUCUGCAAGCACGGCAGUCUCCACCACUCCGGCGGGCAAAGUGUCAGCAAAACGUCCGAAGAGCACCGGAGCAAGGAUAGCUGGUCCAGCCAAAAAGCGCAAAAAGACAGCGACAGCUCCACGAAGUCGACGACGGAGUAGCAAUGAAGCCGUCCAAAGUGAUUGUAUGUCGGAAGGAGACGCUCUUCUUCUAGCACUGAAGAUGUCUGAAGUCGAGUAUUAG